AUGGGGAAAACGUCGCAGAAAAUGUUCAAUAUUUUGAGCACAAUUGAAUUUCUAAUUCUGGGCGCUAGUUUGGGCCUUUCUAUUUACAUAUUGACGUUGGCGCCAACAGUUGAUAAUGUCUUUUCAAUUGUCGUUGUUGCUUUUACUGGAUUUGGAGUUAUGGCCACACUUAUCGGGGCGUUAGGAGCAUGUGCAGAAUCGCGUUGCCUUUUGAAGCUGAACGGAAUGAUGGGAAUCAUUUGUUUCAUUUUAUUUGCGAUCAUUGCUGUUCUUUCCGGGCUUUGGUACGGCGGAAUCGAUAUCGUUCCAGAGUUUGAUGUUGGGAACAAAAACUUUACGGAGCUAUGUGCUAAUUUCAACGAAACUGAGUUUGAAAAGACGCAAAACGACAUUUUGUUGGAAGAAAUCAGCAAGAACUUGGAAGAUAAUGAAGUUAUCGAUGAGGCCUCAGAAUCAACCGUCACUGAGGCGGUUGCUGAUGCCCAAGUUCAAGAACCAACAACAACAACUGUCAGCACGAUCACAACUUUGAGCACAACGACAGAACUGGAAGUCGAAGAAAAACAACUUGAUGUCGGCGAUUCGUCAGUAACAACAACAACGUCGAGCGAUAGUUCUACCGUCAGCACCACAACUUUAUCAGAUGAAGCCGGGGAUGACAAACCUGUUGAUAAUAGACUUUUGUAUUACUAUUGUGAACUUGAAGGUUUUAUGCUGGAAAUUAUGUUCGGCCGCGCUGAUCCAAACUCCGAUUCGGACUCCGCCAAAAUCAUGCUCGCCAUACUUAUCAUAUCCUGCUGCGUAUCUGUAUUUUAUCUUCUUUCUUCAUGCUUAGCUUUUUAUGCCGCCAAAAAUAUCGACCGCUACAGUGGCUACUAG